AUGCAUAACGCGUUUGACAUUGGAUUGGAAGAUUGCAAUAUUGGAUCCUCCCUCGAUCGAGUGAAGUUGGCAGCUUUUCUACCCUUGCAAAUUGACAGUUGCCAUGAGCGAGGUUAUGAAAUGGACACACUAACAGGGAUCAGCAACUUCAGAGAGAGGGGGAGGCGAGAUCAGAAUCUGAGAACAUUGGACUGGAAUGUUACAAUGGACCGGGGUUUAUGCUAUAGUUUCUGGCUUCUUUCGACAUUUUAUGAUUCGAUGCCAUUAUCACAGCGGAUCGAACACGUACUUUACAUUACUCAAUGUUUAUAUUAUCCUAUUCUAGCUAUCGUUGGUGUCCCUGUGAACGUUACGACGAUCCAUGUCCUGCUUUAUAAAGAUUGUGGAUUGUCUUCAUGAGUCAGACGUUACCUGGGGGCCAUGGCAGUGGCGGAUCUACUGGUCAUUAUCUUCAACCUGAUAUUGAGACACAUUCCCAUUGUUUAUCAGGAACAGUUUUAUUUCCUGGUGUACAUUCCCUUGUGUAGUAUCCACGCCGUCGUGCUUUAUGCAGCCACUGACUGUUCUGUCUGGUUCACCGUCACUUUCACCUUUGAUCGAUUUGUGGCCAUUUGUUGCCAGAAGCUGAAAAGUAAAUAUUGCAGUGAGAAAACAGCGGCUGUGGUUCUGGGAACAGUGACUGUGCUGAGCUGUUUAAAGAACAUGUUGUGGUAUUUUAUGCUCACAGCUCACUAUUGGCUGGGGAAUGCCCCCUGGUUUUGUUAUGGAAAAAUCGGUGUUUAUUCCUCUCGUGUCUGGGUCACAAUCGAGUUCCUCCACCACAUUCUAACCCCGACUCUCCCAUUUCUCCUGAUUCUGCUGCUCAAUGUUUUCACCGUCAGACACAUUUUAGUGACCAGCAGAGCCCGCAGGAGACUCUGGGCUCACACCAAUGGGGACGAUCUGUGUGACACAGAAAUGCAAAAUCGAAAAAAAUCCAUCAUUUUACUGUUUGUGAUCUCAGCCAAUUUCAUUCUGUUAUGGUCAAUGUUAAUGGUGCAUUCUAUAUGGUUCCGUAUGUAUAAUAUUGGGUAUUAUUCUGUGUAUCUGCAUGAGUUUGUGAUGGAAUUGAGCUUCAUGCUGCAGCUCCUCAGUUGCUGCACAAACACCGCGAUUUAUGCCGUGACGCAGACUAAGUUCAGACAGCAGCUGAAGAAUGUGCUGAAAUAUCCCUUUACCCAAAUUCAUCAAUCAACCAAAUUCACUCAUUAA